AUGCGGUGGAAUUCAUCUCCAAGCAGCCUCGUUGAGGCUGCAACCUGCGUCUGGAAUCAGUACUAUCCGGAAGACCACAACAUUGGUAUUCGUCAACCGGACGAAACCCGUCCGUCACAGUAUUAUACCUUGAUUAGUGACACUGAUGGCCGCUUCCAGGCUGCUUUGACAUUCCUUACCUGUUUUCGAGAUAACGAGCAAUGGGCACCACUUCUUCAAGCCGAGGUGACUGUUGUGUGGCUACAGUACACGGAACUUAUUCGCACGGGGACGGCAGAAUUUGAGCAAGCGAUGACCGAAAACAUCGAGGAUGUGCUUCUUUGUCUUGGUAUUGCACUUUGUAUGCGUCGGCAUGAGCUUCGUGUCGAAGCAGAAGAAGAUUUAAUACGAAAACGCAGUGUUCCAUUGGAUCGAACUAAGAUCACGGCUCGAUUGUACGGGUUUGUGAGUGUUGUGGGUACAGUGGUGAGAGUGAGUGCUAUCAAACCGUUGGUCACAAGGUGCGACUUUGUUUGUGCCAAGUGUAAUGAAGCCACAUCUCAAGCGUUUCCAGAUGGAAAGUUCGCUCCACCUCAACGUUGUGGAAACACACCAUGCCGAGGGCGAAAUCUGUUACCGAAUCGAUCGUCUGUGGAUACGGUGGACUAUCAGAAAAUAAAACUUCAGGAAAUGGAGACAACUGAUGUGGGUCCUGGUCGUAUGCCGCGUAUGAUCGAGGUAGAAUUGUGCGAAGAUUUGGUUGAUUCUUGUAUACCUGGUAAUGUGGUGACAAUAUCUGGUAUUGUCAAGAGCAUCAACUCGGAGGUCAACGAAGGAAGAUACGGCAAGCGUGCUCAAGCCAAUAGUCUUUACAUUCUGUACAUCAGUGCCAAUUCAGUGGAAAACCUCGCUAAGGCGGAUAAAAGUAACGACAAAGCGUCAGACAUUGAAUUUACGAAAGAAGACUUGGAGCAAAUAAGCUCUAUCGUCAACCAGGCGGGUUUAAUCUUGGCAUUACUCGGAGGAGCACGCAAUUCAGACGAAAAAGAAUCCUCAGGCGUGCGCAGAGUUGAUUCUCAUGUACUAAUUGUGGGAGAUCCUGGUUUGGGAAAAAGUCAGAUGUUGCGGGCUGUGUCUAUGGUAGCUCCUCGGGCUGUGUAUGUUGGUGGCAAUACAACCACGACAACAGGAUUAACUGUUACGAUGGUGAAAGAUGGGUCUGGAGACUAUGCUCUGGAAGCUGGUGCUCUUGUUCUUGCAGACCAAGGUGUUUGUUGUAUUGAUGAGUUUGACAAAAUGGGAAUAGAUUAUCAGGCACUUUUAGAAGCCAUGGAGCAGCAGAGUAUCAGCAUUGCAAAAGCAGGAAUUGUGUGUAAUCUUAAUGCACGAACGUCGGUGAUUGCGGCGGCUAAUCCUAGCGGUGGUCAUUAUGACCGCAGUCGCUCGGUUGGAGAAAAUCUUAAAAUGAAAGCUGCACUGCUGUCUCGCUUUGAUCUUGUAUUUAUCCUUUUAGACCGACCAGACGAAGAAAGAGACCGACUUCUUUCAGAGCAUGUUAUGAAAUCACAUGCGCGUCGUCUGCGCAAGUCAAACAAGCGCUCGCGAGACGAUGGCAUGGCUACAAAUAGCUGGAACUCGAGCAGUCAUGGUGACAAGUUACCAGGAAUCGAUUAUGAAGGCACUUCCGGGCCCGUGCGUUGUACGCUAGCACAUCGUCUUUGCCAGAACGCGUCUGAUAUAAAUUUGAUUCCUCUCUACUUUGUACGUAAAUAUAUCGCGUAUGCCCGCCGCUACGUCCAUCCACGCUUGUCGACCGAGGCUGCAGAAGUGCUCCAAAAGAAGUACUUAGAAUUACGUUCAGCGGGUGAUGGUCAGCCGGAUUUGGGAGAUAGUAUUCCAAUCACGACGCGCCAGCUCGAGUCUAUGAUACGAUUGUCACAAGCUCGUGCUCGAGCUGAUAUGGCUGAGACAGUUCUAGUUGAGCAUGCGCUAGACGUUGUCGACAUUAUGCAAGAAUGUCUAUUGGACACAUAUGUCACAGAGGAUGGAAAUCUUGACUUUGGACGGAGCGGAGGCAUGAGUCUAGCGAAGAAAGUGAAAGCUUACGUCGCAAGAUUAAUGAAAGCUGCAGCCAGGCGAAAUAAUUCAUUAUUUUCGAUGGAAGAUCUGCUUGAAGUUGCUGACAGUAUGGGUCUCAAAGUGGAUGAUUUUCGUGAUUUUGUUGAUAUUUUACGCAAUGAAUGCUACAUCUUAAAGAAAGGCCCUGGACAGUUUAAAGUGCAAGUAUCGUCGUAUAACAUGAUAUAA